UGAAGGGCCAAUGCACUGUCAGACAGAGGCAGAGAAGCAUCAUUAAUUGAGGCAAGAUUUUUCUGGCCUGACACUUUCAGGGAGCCAAGAAGGACAGUCUGCACACCGCUAUGGACAGCCUCUUGAUGAACCAGAAGAAGUUCCUUUACCAUUUCAAAAACGUCCGCUGGGCUAAGGGUCGGCAUGAGACCUACCUGUGCUAUGUAGUGAAGAGGCGGGACAGUGCUACUUCCUUUUCACUGGACUUUGGUCAUCUUCGCAAUAAGAAUGGCUGCCACGUGGAGCUGCUCUUCCUCCGCUACAUCUCGGACUGGGACCUGGACCCUGGCCGGUGCUACCGCGUCACCUGGUUCACCUCCUGGAGCCCCUGCUACGACUGUGCCCGACACGUGGCCGACUUUCUGCGUGGGAACCCCAACCUCAGCCUGAGGAUCUUCACUGCGCGCCUCUACUUCUGUGAGGACCGCAAAGCUGAGCCCGAGGGGCUGCGGCGGCUGCACCGCGCUGGGGUGCAAAUCGCCAUCAUGACCUUCAAAGAUUAUUUUUACUGCUGGAAUACUUUCGUAGAAAAUGGUGAAAGAACUUUCAAAGCCUGGGAAGGGCUGCAUGAAAAUUCAGUUCGUCUCUCCAGACAGCUUCGGCGCAUCCUUUUGCCCCUGUACGAGGUUGAUGACUUACGAGAUGCGUUUCGCACUUUGGGACUUUGAUAGCAACUUCCUGGAAUGUCACACACGAUGAAGUAUCUCUGCUGAAGACAGAGGAUAAGAAACAAUCCUUCGAGUCUUUUUCUUCUUCAGCUCUCGCUUUCUUAGAGUUUAGAGAAAAAAUAUUUAUAUACGACUCUUUAAAAAGAUCUAGGUCUUGAAAAUAGAGAAGGAACACAGGCCCAGCCAGGGACAUGCAGCCACUGGUGCAGUUUUAAAUGCAACAUUGUCCCCUACUGGGAAUAACAGAACUGCAGGGCCUGGGAGCAUCCAAAGUGUCAAUGUUUUUCUAUAACUUUUAGACAAAAGGAGAGCAGAAAGUAGAUCCUAAAAAGCAUGGUGAGAGGAUCAAACGUUUUUAUAUCAACAUCCUUUAUUACUUGAAUCAUUUGAGUUGACAAUGGUGCUAGUGAUCGAUUUUUCUACUCUUUUCCCUUGAUGUUUACUUUCAAGUAACACAAGCUCUUCCAUCAGGCCAUGAUCUGUAGAACCUCCUAAUGAGAGUAUCUGUAGGAUUGUGACCCCAAACCAUCUCUCCAAAGCAUUAAUAUCUAAGCAUGUGCCGUAUGUUUUAAUCAGCUGAGGCACGUUUUUAUGUUUGUACAAAAGAAGAUUGUUUUGGGUGGGGAUGGAGGUAUAGACCAUGCAUGGUCACCUUCAAGCUGUCUUAGUAAAGGAUCUUAAAACGGACAGGAGGACUGUAAAGAAGACAUCCUAAUAAUGGGUUGAUAUCUCAAGUAGCAAAUCUUCUGGAAACACAGACUCUUUUAAGGAAGUCCCUAAUUUAGAAACACCCGCAAACUUCACAUAUCACAAUUAGCAAACAAUUAGAAGGGAGUUGCUUGAAUGUUGGGAAGAGAAAAAUCUAUUGUCUCUCAUGGGUCUUUUAAUCUCAGAAAUGCCAAUCAGGUGAAGGUUGGCUACUUUUUGUAUGUGUGUGAUGCUUCUCCCAAAGAUAUGUUAAUUAUAUAAGAGAAUUGUGACACAACAAAAUCAUAAAGCUGGGAACCGUGGCACACACUUAUAGUUCCAGCUGCUUGGGAGGCUGAGAAGGGAGGAUGGCUUACAGCAGCCUGGGCAACACAGCAAGACCCUGCCUCUUAAGAAAAAGAGAGAAA